CCUCCGGAGGCCAACCACCACGACAAUGACGGCCACGGAACUCACGUGGCAUAUUUGCUCCUGCGAUUGGCCAAGCACGCUGAUCUACGCAUCUGCAAAGUCACUAAUUCAAGAUGCAUAUUGGAUGUUGAUAUCCAACGGAUCGCUGAAGCAAUCAUUCACUCCUCGCAAAAGGGCGAUCCUAGGAGCGAAGAUCAUGUCGAUAUCCUUACUCUUUCAUUUUGUUUCCCUAGAUACGAUGACGUACUCAGGCCAAUCUACCACGCUAUCCUUAAGGCACAAGCGAACGGUGUCAUCAUUUUUGCAGCCUCGGGCAACGAGUGUGGUGACGCAGGUCUGUCCUGGCCUGUCUCGCUGUAUGAAAUGGGCAAUGUGAUCCAGAUCAGUUCAUCAGACGGCAAAGGCCCACCCUCUGGCUACAACCUCAGACUUGAUAUUGGCCGCUGGAUUUGCACGCUGGGCCAAGGCGUCCCAUCUUGCCAGUUACAGUUAGGCACUGAAUACCCGAUUUACAGAAGCGGGAGUUCGCUUGCGACUCCAAUAGCUGCUGCUAUAGCCGCUAUCAUACUUGGUAUUGUCGAUCAUGCCUACUCUGUCCUGUUUCCGCAAGACAUGAUAGUCCUCUGGUCUCAGCUCCGGACGCGUUUAGGCAUGGAAAAGAUAUUGUGUGAGACAUGUACAGAGGUGGGUCACAGGAGUUCAUCUUCUCCCAUCGCUCCUUGGUUCUUCUUUCAACACACCGAGGUCAUACAAAUGCAGAGAAUACGGAACAUCCUUUCGAAUAUUCGUGAUCAAGAGAAGGCAUAUAUCUGCCAGUUAUAUAUAUAUGUAUUAGAGAUGGUCGCUUAA